GGAGCUUCACCAAGUGUCUAUUUCUACAGCUCAUCAGCCUCAUAUCUGGCUAUGGCUCAAGUCUGCCUGAGCCACAUCAGGUCACGAUGCAGUCCGUAAACAUGAGGCACAUGCUGAGGUGGCGGCCCCCACAGACCAACUGUGGUAUAGUCCAGUACUCAGUCCAGUUUCAGGGAGAGUUUGAGCGUCUCUACCUUAAUGGUAGUUGGGAGACUGCACUGGACUGCCAGCAGAUUUCUCAACACGAGUGUAACUUGACCUCUGACCUGGCCUCUGACUCCGAUUACAACAUCCGUGUGCAAGCGGAGUGCAACAACAGAACCUCGUCAUGGGCGUCACUCCCAGCACCCUUCAACAGGAGAGACACCGUGCUGUUGGCUCCAGUCAUGAGUGUGAAGGUGUCAGGUGAUACUAUUCAGGUGGGCUUCAGUGACCUUCCCCUCAGUGUCUCCGUGACCGUAGAUGUCUGGAGAAAAGGAAACGAGAGAAACGUCUCCAGUCAUGUUGUCACCGCUCGCCCAAGCUAUCUCUCCAUCACUGCACUGCAGGAGGGAGCCACAUACUGCCUCAGGGCACAGGCUCAGCUGGAAACCAGCACCAGGAACAAGAGCAACAACACUGAUACACAGUGUGUGUCCAUCCACACAUAUGACAAUACUAUACAGGUGCUCCCGCUUCCUCACCACUCCCCAUAA